AUGACUAUGAGUACGACUCAGACGGUGGCGCCGCCUCCAGUGAAUAUCACGUCGCGCAGUUCCAAGGACGCUGCGCCACGCCUAUCUGCGCCUGCCGCAACGGCGCCCCCUCACGUUUCGAGCAAGGAGGCAGCCGCACUGGCGGACGUUCGCCGCUCACGCCAUUCGAUGCCUCACUCUGGCUCAUCGCCGACUACGCAUAAUACGCAUAAUAAUAAUAACGACAAGAAGAUCACGAGGCGGUCGAGCAAGCCGAUCUUUGACUGGUUCCAGCGCAAACUUGCAGGCACUGUUCGGGCGAGGCGCGCGAGCGAAGGCGCCCGUGGACAGGCGGCGCGUGCCCAUGCCCGGGAGAACAACAACAAGAAGCGCCCGCCGUUGCCGGAUUAUAAUCUCACUCGGACGAUGAGCACGCCGAGCCGUUCAGGGCGCGAGAAGAGGGUCAGCCAAGCCGCGGUCUCGCUCGACGACGACGCACGUGAGCGCUCGACCUACCGCUCCUCCAGCGCCGCGCGGGAGUCGCUCUGGAGCCCGGCAUCGGCCGCAGAGGCUGACGAGGAUGCCAGUGUACGGCCGUUGCCGCCCAGCUCGCCGCCGAGCCCUGCGCCUUCCCGCUCCUCGUCCUCCUAUCUCUCCGGCCCGGCCACCUUCCGGUCCCUCGCGGCUAGCACGAAGCCUACCACGCUGCUCUCUGUCGAUCUGCACGGCGGGAUGGCACAUAUCGCCCAGGCGCCGCCCACGCCGACCGUACGUGCACCGGCCCAUCUUCGCGGUCUUUCUACGGCGACUGGCGUUUCAUUCGCCGCUUCGCUCGCGCCGGACGCCUCAGAUGGCACAGUGCAGGCGCCCCAGCUCACGCAUCAUCAUCCAAGGAAUAACCCGCGUCCCUCGAGCCCGCCUCCGGACAACGCCAGCGUGUUGACCCUCGCAAGUAGCGCAUUUGGUGUACCCGGUGCUCGUCCCGGCAUCGUCCAGAGCGCCGAUGCCUUGUCCAUCUCUGGAUUGUCUCAUAGCCAUGCCCGCCUUGAUGAUCGUGCGAGCGACGUCUGGUACGGUCCCGGCGCCGGGGACGCGAGUGUGCGCGCCCUCAGACCUCGCAGUAGCAGGCGCGGAAGCUGGGAGAGCGAGAUGAGUGGAUGGAGUGCCAGAAUGACUGGUGGCGGAAGUAUGGUUGCGCUUGGCCCCGGUACGCCGAGCGUGUUGCGCGACCGCAGCGUAUGGUCGAGCUUCCGCCCGGGAUACGAUGACGAAGAUGACGAGGAGAGGGAGGGGAGCGUCGAUGAAGAUGCUGGGGAGAGUGUGGAAGUUCUCGAGGGACCGGGUUUGCAGAUGAAGGUGCAGCCACCGACCCCCGCUGCGAAUGAGGAGCAUAAGGACGAACACUCGCUCGAACAUGAGACACCCAGGCACGAGCCCGCCGAACUGAGGGACGAGAAGCCACCGCCGCUGCCAACUCACGACAGUCAGGACUCAACAAGAACGGCCGAGCCAGUCGUCAUUGCAAAGACCGAUUCAGUGCCGGAAGUAGAGCGUGAGACAGAGAAUGUCGAGGCGAAAGAUGCGCGCGAUGAGCAGUCGGAUGAGGAGCACCCUGGCGACAAGACCCUCCGCCAAUCCCCUUCGUCUGAGCCGGCCCAACCACCGUCGGGCGACUAUUUUGCUUCUCGAUCAAAGCCGAGCCCCGCGUUCGUUACCGCCCAGUCGGAUGUAGGGACGGAGAACUUUGUCAGCGCGCCGACUACACCGCUUCCAUUGAGCCCGCCUGUCGCUGGAUGA